CAAAAUUACGUAAACAAAAAUUACAUGAUGCUAUAUCAUUAUUUCGUUUAUUGGCUGAUGCUGAUAAUGUUGAAGCAUGGAUUGAAGAAAAAGAACGAUUUUUAGCAACAUUAGAUCCAACACUAGUUAAUGAUAUUGAAGAAUUAGAAGUAAUUAAACAUCGUUUUGAUGGUUUUGAACGUGAUAUGAAUUCAACAGCAUCUAAAGUUGCUAUUGUUGGUCAUCAAGCACGUACAUUAGUACAAAAUGAUCAUCCAAAUUCACAAGAAAUUUUAGAUCGUAUUAAUAAAUUAAAUCAUAAUUGGGCACAAUUAAGACGUUUAGUUGAUAAAAAACGUGAAGAUUUAAGUUCAACAUUUGGUGUACAAACAUUUCAUAUUGAAUGUAAUGAAACAAUAUCAUGGAUACAAGAUAAGAUUCGUAUUGUACAAUCAACUGAAGAUCUAGGUCGUGAUCUUGGCGGUGUAAUGACAAUGCAACGUCGUUUAAGUGGUUUAGAACGUGAUAUGGCUGCAAUACAAUCUAAACUUGAUCAACUUGAAUCCGAAGCAUCAAAACUUGAAAAAGAUCAUCCAGAAGACGCACAAGAUAUUCGUAAUAAAGUUGGCCAAAUAAAUUCAGUUUGGUAUGAAUUAAAAGAAAUUUUACGUCGUCGAGAAGAAUCAAUGGGUGAAGCAGCUGAAUUACAAAAAUUUCUUCGUGAUCUUGAUCAUUUUUCAGCAUGGUUAACACGUACACAAACAUCAGUUGCCAGUGAAGAUAUACCAAAUUCAUUGAAUGAAGCUGAACAAUUAUUAAAUCAACAUCAAACAAUAAAAGAAGAAAUUGAUCGUUAUGGUCCUGAUUAUGCUCAAAUGAAAGAUUAUGGUCAUCGUGUUAUACGUGAUGCUGAUACAACCGAUCCUCAAUAUAUAUUUUUACGUGAACGUUUAAAUGCAUUGGAUGAUGGUUGGAAUGAACUUGAUCAAAUGUGGCAUCAGAAAAAGAAUAUGUUAACCGAAGCAAUGCAAUAUCAAAUGUUUGCAAGAGAUUCAAAUCAAGCAGAAAUCUUAUUAAAUCAUCAAGAAGCUUAUUUAGCUCGAGAACGUGAACAAAAACCUAAAUCAUUUGAUGAUGUUGAAGUAUUAAUUAAAAAACAUGAAGAUUUUAUUACAACCAUGACUGCAAAUGAAGAUAAAAUACAAGGUGUCUGUUCAUUUGCUCAACGUUUAUGUCAAGAAAAUCAUUAUUUAGGUGAUCGUAUUUUAUCACGUGCUUCAAUUAUUAAUGAUCGUUAUUCAUCGAAUCGUCAAUCAGCUCUUGAAAUGCAUGAAAAACUUCAAGAUUCACUUAAAUAUUUUCAAUUUGUUCAAGAUUGUGAUGAUUUGAAAGAAUGGCUUGAUAUGAAAUCAUUACAAGCACAAGAUGAUACAUAUCGUGAUACAGCAAAUAUUCAUACAAAAUAUCUUCGUCAUCAAGCAUUUCAAGCUGAAAUACUUUCAAAUAAAGAACGUUUACUUGCAUUAAAAGAACAUGCUGAACAAUUAAAAUCUGAACAUCCACAAAUAAUUAAUUCAUCGAUUAUUGAUCAACGUAUUCAUGAAUUAGAUGAUUCAUGGGUUAAAUUAGAAGAUAUAACACGUGAUAAAGGUGAACGUUUAUUUGAUGCUAAUCGUUCGAAAUUAUUUCAACAAUCAAUUACGAAUCUUGAUGAAUUUAUGUUUAAUAUUGAAAAACAUUUAUAUGCUGGUGAAUCAACUACAGCCGCACCAUCAUCAUCUGAUCAAAUUGAUGGUCAAGUUCUUUCAACGGGAUUAGUAGCAGCAGCACCAUCAACAACAACAACAACACUUGAACCAGUAGAAAAUAAUUUAACAGCAACAAAUCUUUUAUUACUUAAACAAACAACAAUUGAAGAAGAAUUAUUAAAACGUCAACAACAAGUUGAUGAAUUACGUGUUCAAGCUGAAAAAUUAAAACAAUUAGAACCAGAAAAAUCCGAAGAAAUUGAUACAAAACGUUUACAAGUUGAAGAAAAAUUUUCUAAACUUCUUCAACCAUUAGAACAAAAAAAAUUACGUUUAGAACAACAAAAACAUCUUCAUCAAUAUUUACGUGAUAUUGAAGAUGAACAAAUAUGGUUAAGUGAAAAACGUCAUUUAUUACAAUCUUAUUCCGAUUUAAUCUUUAAUAAUAAACAACAAACAUUAAUGAAUGUACAAUUAUUAAAACGUAAAAAUGAAUCAUUAUUAAAAGAAAUUGAAAAUCAUGAACAACGUCUUCUUGAACAUUUAAAUAAUGAAUGUACACGUAUAAGUCAAGAUUAUCCAGCACGUGCCGAUGAAUUUCAAGAACGUUUAGAAAAUUUAUCGGAUAAUUAUAUUCAAUUAAAAGAAACAAUUAAACAACGACGUGAACAUUUAGAAUUAUUAGAAACUCUUUAUCAAUAUUAUUAUGAUUUAAGUGAAGCUGAAGCAUGGCUUGGUGAACAAGAAUUAUAUAUGAUGAGUGAAGAACGUGGUAAAGAUGAAUUAGCAACACAAACAUUUAUACGUAAACAACAAACAAUGGAUCAAACAAUUGAAAAUUAUACGGAUAUAUUACGUGAAUUAGAUAAUAAAGCAAAACAUUUAAUACAAGAUUUGAAUCAUUCAAGUUUAACAAAAGAUUUUGUUCAUGAUCAUCAAGAUUUAAUUAAUAAACGACAAACACAAUUAGAUAAAUUAUAUGCUAGUUUGAAAGAUUUAUCUGUUGAAAGACGACAACGUUUAGAAGAAACAUUAAAAUUAUAUCGUCUUAAUCGAGAAAUCGAUGAUCUUGAACAAUGGAUAUCGGAUAGAGAAUUAAUUGCUGGUUCACAUGAACUUGGACAAGAUUUUGAACAUGUUAACAUGUUACUUGAUCGUUUUGCUCAAUUUGCACAAGAAACAGAACAAAUUGGUAAUGAACGUUUACAACAUGCUAAUGAUAUGAUUGAUUUAUUAAUAUCAAAUGGUCAUAUUGAUUCAGCUGAAAUUGCCGAAUUAAAAGAUACAUUAAAUGAAUCCUAUCAAGAUCUAUUAGAAAU